AGAACGGACGAAACGAAAAUCAGCCAGCAAUAAUAAACACAUGUGUUGUGAGGAUUAAUUUUUCUUUAAUAAUUUAUCACUUACAUCCGAUAAUGGACGCAUACGAUAUAUUUAAGAAACUCACAAAAGGUUUAACUUUUAAACACCGUCUAUUGUUAGCUAAAGAUACAGAGAAGGAUGUGAAACUUCUGACAGUUAAAAAGGAAGAAGAUGUAGUGGUUAAAAAGGAGGAGUUAAGUGAAGAAGAAUAUGAAAAUUGUGAUGAAGUAUCAGAUGUUUCAAAAUCCUCUGAUGAAGAUUCACAUAGUCAGAGCGGUGGUGAAGACGCUCUACAGCUCGUGGAAGGACUAACUGUAGGAAAGAAGAAAAAGAAAAACAAGAAAAAAGAAAAAACGGAAGAUUUACAGAAGAAACUGGAACUUGAAGAGCAAAACCAGUUCCGUAACGAGCAUGGCAUCAAAGCCAUCGGUCGCCACGUACCACCAGCAUUAAGAGAUUUCACAGAGUUGGUGAGCAGGUACAACGUGUCUCAGUCCCUGGUGGACACAGCGACGCAGUGCGGGUACUCUGAGCCGACACCGGUGCAGAGGCAGGCUGUGCCGUGUAUGCUUGAGGACAGACAAAUUCUAGCAUGCGCCCCGACAGGUUCUGGCAAGACCGCUGCCUUUCUCUUGCCCAUCCUCCACAGCCUUGGGGCUCCACAAGGCGGGCCUAGGGCUCUAAUACUGUGCCCCACGAGAGAACUCGCGCAUCAGAUAUACAGAGAAGCGUUAAGGUUGAGUGCGUCCACCCAAUUGCGAUGCAGUGUGGUCCGUAAUAUGAAGGAGAGUAAGAUCAGAGAGAGGGAAGCUACUAUUAGGAAAAGUGAUAUUGUUAUAAGUACUCCGAAUCGUCUGUGCUAUCUGUUGAAUCGUGAUACCGUCAACAUUUCACUAAACAAAGUCCGAUGGCUUAUCAUAGACGAGGCGGACAAGAUGUUCGAAGGCUCCACGGACCAAGUGUCAGACUUCAGGCAGCAACUUGACCAGGUCAUGACCUCGUGUGGCGGCAAGCAACGCCGGGUGGCUAUGUUUAGUGCUACUCACACACCCGCCGUGGCUAAGUGGUGCAGGCAUAAUCUUCGAGGACUUGUUAAUGUCACCGUUGGACAAAGAAACGCAGCAACAAAUCUGGUGGAACAAGAGCUACUCUUCUGCGGCGAUGAGAGCGGGAAACUUCUAGCCUUCAGGCAGCUCGUUCAGAAGGGACUCAAACCGCCUGUAUUAGUAUUCGUCCAAAGCAAAGAUCGAGCGAAGCAGCUAUUCAAGGAACUCAUUUAUGAUGGCAUCAACGUGGACGUAAUACACGCCGACCGCACCCAACAACAGCGCGACAACGUGGUGCGCAGCUUCCGAGUGGGCAGGAUCUGGGUGCUGAUCUGCACGGAGCUGAUGGGGCGCGGGAUCGACUUCCGCGGGGUCAACCUGGUGGUCAACUAUGACUUCCCACCGUCCGCCAUCGCUUAUAUACACAGAGUGGGUCGCGCGGGGCGAGCGGGGCAGCGGGGCAAAGCCAUCACGUUCUUUACCCAAGAUGACGUCGGAAAUCUAAGGAGCAUAGCAUCGGUGAUGAAGCAGUCCGGCUGUUCAGUGCCCGAGUACAUGCUGCAAAUGAGACAGAAUCCCAGCAAGAGGAAACGGCUCGCCAGGAAGGCGCCGAGGAGGGACAAAAUAUCAACGUUGCUAGAGAAACCUGCCAAUAGAAAACUUGAGGAUGACAAACAGUCAGACGCCACAGGAAAAUCCACAGAUUCCGUAAAAAAUGGAAAACAUAGAAAGUUGAGAAAAAUUCAAAAUGGCGGCUCGAAUAUAAAAGACAGCAAUAAUGUGAAGAAUAAUAACAAAAAAGAGAAGCGAGAUUUCAAGAAAAGGAAACAAGAUAAAGGGAAAAAGAAUGCGUUUGUUAGUAAAAAAGUUAAAAAAUUGUAAUUUUAUUUAAAUAAAAGAUUUAUUAAGGUUU